GGGGAGGAGGGGAAUCUCCCGCCAUUUUUCAAUAAUUUCCUCCGGUGCAGCUGAGAAGGAGUCGUGACUGCCGGACGCGGGGACCCGUGGCGAAGGUCGGCGGGAGACUGCCGGGCGGCGCGGCCGUGUGCGUGGGAGUUCUGCGUCCUUGCGUCCGGCUCCAUGGCGCUCUCGCGGCCGCGCCGGCAGUGAGGGAGCCGAGUUCGCGCCGCCCUCUCACCCCUCCCCUCCCCCACCCACCCCGGGAGCCAGGCGCUCGCUCCGGGCCGCUGGGCCUAGUGUGGCGCCGCGGGCUCGCCGAGGAGCCGCCGCCCGCCCCGCCGCGCCACUGCCGCCGCGAUGGCGCCGCUGCUGGGCCGCAAGCCCUUCCCGCUGGUGAAGCCGCUUCCCGGCGAGGAGCCGCUCUUCACCAUCGCACACACUCAGGAGGCCUUCCGCACCCGGGAAGAGUAUGAAGCCCGCUUGGAAAGGUACAGUGAGCGCAUUUGGACAUGUAAGAGUACUGGAAGCAGUCAGCUAACACACAAGGAGGCCUGGGAAGAGGAACAGGAAGUUGCUGAACUUUUGAAGGAGGAGUUCCCUGCCUGGUAUGAAAAACUUGUUCUGGAAAUGGUUCACCAUAACACAGCUUCCUUAGAGAAAUUAGUAGAUUCUGCUUGGUUAGAGAUCAUGACCAAAUAUGCUGUGGGAGAAGAAUGUGACUUUGAGGUUGGGAAGGAAAAAAUGCUCAAGGUGAGGGUUGUGAAGAUUCAUCCUCUAGAGAAAGUGGAUGAAGAGUCCACUGAGAAGAAAUCUGAUGGUGCCUGUGAUUCUCCCUCAAGUGACAAAGAGAAUUCUAGCCAAAUCGCUCAGGAACAUCAGAAGAAGGAGGCAAUUGUGAAAGAGGAUGAAGGAAGGAGAGAGAGUAUUAAUGACAGAGCACGAAGAUCUCCACGAAAACUCCCUACUUCAUUAAAAAAAGGAGAAAGGAGAUGGGCUCCUCCAAAAUUUCUGCCUCACAAAUAUGAUGUGAAACUUCAAAAUGAAGACAAGAUCAUCAGUAAUGUGCCAGCAGACAGCUUGAUACGGACAGAACGCCCACCAAAUAAGGAGAUACUGCGAUAUUUUAUACGGCAUAAUGCAUUACGGGCUGGGACUGGUGAAAAUGCACCUUGGGUGGUAGAAGAUGAACUGGUGAAGAAAUACUCCCUGCCUAGCAAGUUCAGUGACUUUUUACUUGAUCCAUACAAGUACAUGACCCUCAACCCUUCUACUAAGAGGAAGAAUGCUGCUUCCCCAGACAGGAAGCCCUCAAAGAAAUCCAAGACAGACAACUCUUUGAGUUCACCACUAAAUCCUAAACUAUGGUGUCAUGUACACUUGAAGAAAUCUUUGAAUGGCUCGCCACUCAAAGUAAAGAACUCAAAGAAUUCCAAAUCUCCAGAACAGCAUCUGGAGGAAGUGAUGAAGAUGAUGUCACCUAACAAACUACAUGCUAACUUUCACAUUCCUAAGAAAGGCCCAGGUGCCAAGAAACCAGGGAAGCACAGUGACAAACCUUUGAAAGCAAAGGGCAGGAGCAAAGGCAUCCUGAAUGGACAGAAAUCCACAGGGAAUUCUAAAUCUCCCAAAAAGGGGUUGAAGACACCUAAAACCAAAAUGAAACAGAUGACUUUGUUGGAUAUGGCCAAAGGCACUCAGAAGAUGAACCGAGCCCCACGGAAUUCGGGGGGUACACCUAGGUCCUCUAGUAAACCUCACAAACAUCUGCCUCCUGCUGCCCUACACCUUAUUGCCUACUACAAAGAAAACAAAGACAGGGAGGACAAGAAGAGUGCCCUGUCCUGUGUUAUCUCCAAAACUGCUCGUCUUCUUUCUAGUGAGGAUAGAGCUCGUCUCCCAGAAGAAUUGCGUAGUAUUGUUCAAAAACGCUUUGAACUUCUUGAGCACAAAAAGAGGUGGGCCUCUAUGUCUGAGGAGCAACGCAAAGAAUAUUUGAAAAAGAAGCGAGAGGAGCUGAAAGAAAAGUUGAAGGAGAAGGCCAAGGAACGAAGAGAGAAAGAAAUGCUUGAGAAACUAGAAAAACAGAAGCGAUAUGAGGACCAAGAGUUAGCUGGCAAAAAUCUUCCAGCAUUUAGAUUAGUGGAUACCCCCGAAGGACUGCCUAACACACUCUUUGGGGAUGUGGCCAUGGUAGUUGAGUUUUUGAGCUGUUAUUCUGGGCUACUCUUACCAGAUGCUCAGUAUCCUAUUACUGCUGUGUCCCUUAUGGAAGCCUUGAGCGCAGAAAAGGGUGGCUUUUUAUACCUGAAUAGAGUGUUGGUCAUCCUCUUACAGACCUUAUUACAAGAUGAAAUAGCAGAAGACUAUGGUGAAUUGGGAAUGAAGCUGUCGGAAAUUCCUCUAACUCUGCAUUCUGUUUCAGAGUUGGUGCGACUCUGUUUGCGCAAAUCUGAUGUUCAGGAGGAAAGUGAGGCCUCAGACACAGAGGACAAUAAAGAUUCAGCAUCAUUUGAGGACAAUGAGGUACAAGAUGAGUUCUUAGAAAAACUGGAGACUUCUGAAUUUUUUGAACUAACCUCAGAAGAAAAGCUACAGAUCUUGACAGCACUCUGUCACCGGAUUCUCAUGACAUACUCGGUGCAAGACCAUAUGGAAACCAGACAGCAGAUGUCUGCAGAGUUGUGGAAGGAACGACUUGCUGUAUUGAAGGAAGAAAAUGAUAAGAAGAGAGCAGAGAAACAGAAAAGGAAGGAAAUGGAAGCCAGAAAUAAAGAAAAUGGAAAAGAGGAGAAUGGGUUAGGCAAAUCUGAUAGAAAAAAAGAAAUUGUGAAGUUUGAGCCCCAAGUAGAUAUGGAAGCAGAAGAUAUGAUUAGUGCUGUAAAGAGCAGACGGCUGCUUGCCAUUCAGGCUAAGAAGGAGCGAGAAAUCCAGGAGAGAGAAAUGAAAGUGAAAUUAGAACGUGAAGCAGAAGAAGAACGAAUACGAAAGCACAAAGCAGCUGCUGAGAAGGCUUUCCAGGAAGGAAUUGCCAAGGCAAAACUAGUCAUGCGAAGAACCCCUAUUGGUACAGAUCGAAACCAUAAUAGAUACUGGCUCUUCUCAGACGAAGUUCCAGGAUUGUUCAUUGAAAAAGGCUGGGUACAUGACAGCAUUGAUUACCGAUUCAGCCAUCACCGCAAAGACCAUGCAGAUUCUCCUGAUGAGGACUACUGUCCCCGUAGUAAGAAAGCAAACCUAGGCAAAAAUGUAAGCAUGAACACAAAUGUACCAGAAGUUGCUGUAGAGACUACAACUCCCAAACAAGGACAGAACUUAUGGUUUUUAUGUGAUAGUCAGAAAGAACUGGAUGAGCUGCUAAAUUGCCUUCAUCCUCAGGGAAUUAGAGAAAGUCAACUCAAAGAGAGACUAGAGAAGAGGUACCAAGACAUUAUUCAUUCUAUUCAUCUGGCCCGGAAGCCAAAUUUGGGUCUAAAAUCCUGUGAUGGCAACCAGGAACUCUUAAACUUUCUCCGUAGUGAUCUCAUUGAAGUUGCAACAAGGUUACAAAAAGGGGGACUUGGUUAUGUGGAGGAAACAUCAGAUUUUGAAGCUCGGGUGAUCUCGUUAGAGAAACUUAAGGAUUUUGGUGAGUGUGUGAUUGCCCUUCAAGCCAGUGUCAUAAAGAAAUUUCUCCAAGGCUUCAUGGCUCCCAAGCAGAAGAGAAGAAAACUCCAAAGUGAAGAUUCAGCAAAGACUGAAGAAGUAGAUGAGGAGAAAAAAAUGGCAGAGGAAGCUAAGGUUGCAUCUGCUUUGGAAAAAUGGAAGACAGCAAUCCGUGAAGCUCAGACUUUUUCCAGAAUGCAUGUUCUACUUGGGAUGCUUGAUGCUUGUAUCAAGUGGGAUAUGUCAGCAGAAAAUGCUAGAUGCAAAGUUUGCCGAAAGAAAGGUGAGGAUGACAAACUAAUCUUGUGUGACGAGUGUAAUAAAGCCUUCCACCUGUUUUGUCUGAGGCCGGCCCUCUAUGAAGUACCAGAUGGUGAGUGGCAGUGCCCAGCUUGCCAGCCUGCUACUGCCAGGCGUAACUCCCGUGGCAGGAAUUAUACUGAGGAGUCUGCCUCUGAAGACAGUGAAGAUGAUGAGAGUGAUGAAGAGGAAGAAGAGGAAGAGGAAGAGGAGGAGGAAGAAGAUUAUGAGGUGGCUGGUUUGCGAUUGAGACCUCGGAAGACUGUCAGAGGCAAGCAGGGUGUCAUUCCCCCUGCAGCAAGACCAGGCCGACGACCAGGUAAGAAGCCGCAUCCUACCAGGAGGUCGAGGCCGAAGGCACCACCUGUGGAUGAUGUUGAGGUGGAUGAGCUGGUACUUCAGACCAAGCGGAGCUCCCGGAGGCAAAGCCUGGAGUUACAUAAGUGUGAAGAGAUCCUCCACAAGAUUGUGAAGUACCGCUUCAGCUGGCCCUUCAGGGAGCCUGUGACCAGAGACGAGGCUGAGGACUACUAUGAUGUGAUCACUCACCCCAUGGACUUUCAGACAAUGCAGAACAAAUGUUCCUGUGGGAGCUAUCGCUCUGUGCAGGAGUUUCUCACCGACAUGAAGCAAGUGUUUACCAAUGCUGAGCUUUACAACUGUCGAGGCAGCCAUGUGCUCAACUGCAUGGUGAAGACAGAACAGUGUCUGGUGGCUCUGUUGCAUAAACACCUUCCUGGCCACCCAUAUGUCCGUAGGAAACGCAAGAAGUUUCCUGAUCGGCUUGCUGAAGAUGAAGGGGACAGUGAGUCAGAGCCCAUUGGACAGUCUAGGGGACGAAGACAGAAGAAAUAGAGGCAGGGCCCUGGUGACGGUAUCAGUGAGUGCCAUACAGAAUUCUGUAUUCACCAGCAUCAUGAAACAGUUGUGGUCUUGAGUUGAUCUUGGCAGAGUAAAGGGACAUGUCCUGGAGCCGUUCCUGAAUACCCUCCCCUUCUUUGUGACAACUCUCCCCGGUCCCACUCCACCUCACCCCCUAAAAAAGAAAAAGGAAAAAAAAAAAAACUAAGGCACUUCACUUAGAGACUGGAGUCCUGCUUAUAAUCAUGCAUAUAACCUUUCCUUUGAUGGAUCUGGCCAGAGGGGUGUUGGAGCCCAGCCCACCCACAUACCAGACAAGCUCUUAGGGAGCAGAAGAAAAGCAGGAAGAAUUUAAAUGUUUAAUUUUUUUAAUUGACUUUUCUAGUUAUUAAAAGUUGCUUGUUUCAGCAGUGAUAUUGUAUAAAGAACAUCUUGUAAAAUAUUUGUCAUCUUGCUUUGGCACAUGUACAGUACAAUUUAUAUGAUAACGUGUUUGCUUUACUUUGCCCCAUCUUCUCCCUCGGGCCAUUCUCCUUCAAGAAGUGGGGUUGGAGGCUCUUCGGGGCCAGCAGUGGGAUUUGGUAGGGAAGAGGCGUCACCCUGCCUGCCCUGGUGGCUGUCUGCAUCUCCUCCGUGUACAGCCGCCUCCCAUCGCAUUUCCGCAUCAGCCUUGGGACUCCCAAGCACCUGCCUCUCGGGUGCCGGGGCAGGGAGGGGCCGGGGCAGGCGGGGGCGGAAGGAGGGACAGGAGGAGAAACUCUGAAAGCCCCGACCCACAAGGAGUCUAGCGCUAGUAGUUACAUUUAGGCAAAAUGUGUAGUCUUUGCCUUUUAUGGCAGAUUUUGAUAAAAAUACAAAACAGGGUUUAAUUUUCUUUUCUAUCAACUUUGAAUUUGGAAAUUUGAGCACCUGAGCUCUUACGUACCUAUUUAAAUUAAGGGAAAAGAAGUCCACCAAGGGGAUUGCAACUCACAGACCUUGAGAAUAAAGCCUCUUAAUAUUAAACUUCAAGGUGUGGUCCCUACUCUCCCCUGUCCUCUUCGCCCUAGGACAGGGAAUUUGCGCCAGUGGUUGGUGGAUAGGUGCACCGUCCCCUCCCCCACAGGUUUGGAGUUAGCACUGAUAGGACAAGUUUAUAAUCCCGGCUGCCAACACCUCCCCUGCCUCUCAUCCUAGAGCCAGUCUGUUCUUGUUAACAGUGAGAAUCCUGUGUCCCCACUUCAGUGACACCUGAAUUGUUUGUUGUUUUUUUUUUUAAUUGUCUUUAAGGAGGAAGGGCCCCAUUAAAGGGUAAACUUGUAAUAAAUUGGAAUUUCAAAUAAACAUUAUGUGUUUAUAA